CACGUGACAGGGGACUCACCUUGCGGUCUCGGACUUACAGUACUACCGUGCUCAAAUGAUUAUGCCAGACCAAUCGGACAUUAAAGGAGUCCACGUUUAUGAGUUUAUGCGGACGGUGGCCUCUUGACACUGACAAUCACGAGAAGCCCGGACGUCACGGAGUCGAACUUGACGGAAACUCCACAUGCGCUGCCCCUUGGGGCAUAGGCUAUUCAUCCCUCAACAAAUCCCUGUGUUGGAUUACAAGGUCGUGCCGCUCUUAGGUAUUCCUGAAAGCAUAAAAUGCGGGCCUUCACGGCCAUAGGUUCUCAUCAACUCGGGACACCCCCCGCCUAUAUAGAGUAGUGGAAUGUCAUCCGAAUCGCUCGUCUGGUUCAUCACUGGAACUAGUUCUGGCUUCGGUCACGACCUCACCCUCGCCGCCCUUCAGCAUGGAGACAAAGUAAUCGCAACCGCCCGCCAACUGUCCGCCAUCGAGGGCCUCAAGGAGGCAGGGGCUUCAGUUCUCGAGUUGGAUGUGGCAUCUCCACUCGAGGAGGUGAAGUACGUCGCUGAGGCAGCACAUAGCAUAUACGGAAGGAUCGAUGUCGUCGUGAACAACGCGGGAUAUGCCAUUCUUGGUGCUUUAGAAGAGCGAACUCCUGAAGAAACCCUAGAACAAUUCAACGUGAAUGUGUUGGGAGGUCUGAACGUCGCCCGCGCGUUCUUGCCAUAUCAGCGCAAAGCCAAAACGGGAACCAUCGUCUGGAUUGGCUCCAUGGUUGGAUGGUUUGGGGCACUGGGAUUUGCCCUUUAUUCGGGCACCAAGCAUGCCAUCCGGGCCAUCGCAGAAACUCUCCAUGAAGAAAUUUCGCCUCUGGGCUUACGUUCGAUCGUGCUCGAGCCUGGCAUGUUCCGCACGGCUGGUAUGAACCCAGGGAAACCCACCGUUGAAUACGUUAACCGCGUCGAAGACUACAAAACUAUAUUGGAACCUUGGGUAACUAGGUACAAAGCUGCUUAUAAUAACCAACCCGGGGAUCCGAAGAAGUUCGUGAAAUUGUUGAUUGACUACGUGAAACUAGAAGGGCCAUUCUCGAAGGAGCAGAGGGGAGACAAGGAGGUCCCUAUCAGUUUUCCCGUAGGACCAGAUGCAUACGUCUCUGUGACGAAGCGCUUGAGCGAGCAGCUCAAAAUGAUGGAGGAUUGGAAGGAUGUCAUUCGUAGCACUGACUUCUGAACAAGUAGAUGGGCUAUUGACCUUCUGUUGAGGCUAGCCUGUGUGCAGCUGGACGGGUACACCGACGACCGUCAAAACU